AAAUCUGGUUUGAUUGAAUUGAACGUACCUGACUUCCAUCGAGUAUAUCUCCGGGUCGGGUCGGGUCGGUCUGUACGAAUGGGCUACUGUGGGCCUAGGGCAAAACGAGUCCGACCCAUUUGAGAUUGGCAUGUUUGACAGACAAUUUGACUUUGAUCCAUGAAAAUAGAUGAGAUGUUACAUUAGUACCGCUCCAUCCAGUGAAUGUACUUUCACUGACUCAAGACUCCCGGCGAUCCUCCGGCAAUUGUUCGACGGCUUCUUGUUCGUAUACAUCGGUACUUGGCUGAAUCGACUCUUCUCUUCGUAUAUGUGGAACGGUUGAGACCACUUUUUGGCUGUAUUUCCGAAUUUAUGUGCUGUCCAACAUAGAUGCAAAAGAAUAAUGUGCCUCAGAGGCAGAGAAGCCUCGGGCCUGGGGUUCAAUAUUUGAUCGAGUAUCUAAAAAGAAUGCAGGGUGAGAAUCCAGGUUUCUUUUAUGCAAUCGAGGCUGAUAAUGAGCACAGUGGAAAUUUCUUUUGGGCUGAUGCAAUUUCCCGGGCAAACUACAGCCAUUUUGGGGACUCUGUUAGAGUUGAUACAUCUUAUAGGACAAACCGGUCUAAGAUACCAUUUGUAAUAUUCACAGGCAUAAACCAUCAUGCUCAGCCUGUCCUGUUUGGCUGUGCAUUGCUUCUGAAUGAAUCUGAGAACACUUUCAUUUGGCUUCUCCAAACAUGGCUUCGGGCAAUGUCUGGACAUGGUCCUGUCUCAAUCACUAGUGACCCUGAUCGGCUUAUUCAGAUGGCUGUGGCACAAGUUUUCCCAGACUCACGGAAUCGGUUCUGUAGAUGGAGCAUAUUCAGACAGACACAGGAGAAGUUGGCUAAUGUGUAUCAAGAAAAUCCAGCUUUUGAUUUUGAGUUCAAGAAGUGCGUCAAUGAAGCUGAAACAGUUGAGGAGUUUGAGUCUUCUUGGGCUACACUCUGGGGUAGAUAUUUCUUGAUGGAUAAUGAAUGGCUUAUCUCGCUGUAUAACAUUCGUGAUCAGUGGGUUCCUGUUUAUUUGAGAGAUGUGUUUUUUGGGGAACUAUCCACAUCAGAGUGCAGUGAUGCCUUAGGUUUGUUCUUUACUGGGUUUUCAAGUACCACUCCCACCAACAUACAGCUAUUAAUUAAACAAUAUGAAAAGAUUGUUUCUACUUGGCAUGGAAAGGAGCUGAAGGAAGACUUUGAUACAUCUAAUACUAUACCAGUUCUGAAGACACCUUCCCCUAUGGAAAAGCAGGCUGCUAACCUGUAUACUAGAAGGAUAUUCAUGAAAUUUCAAGGAGAAUUGGUUGAAACUCUUGCUAAUCCUGCUACCAUAUUAGAUGAUUCUGGUUCAGUGACAACAUAUAGGGUAGCCAAAUUUGGUGAAGAGCACAAAGCACACAUUGUUAGGUUCAAUGCGUUCGAGAUGAAAGCUACAUGUAGUUGUCGAAUGUUUGAGUUUUCAGGCAUCAUUUGUCGACAUAUACUCUCCGUGUUUCGAGCCAAAAAUGUCCUUAUGCUUCCUUCUGAGUAUGUUCUCAAGCGCUGGACAAGAAACGCUAAGGCAAGUGGUGUAGAAUCCACCACCGAAUCAACUGUUGGGUUGCCCAGCAACUACCAGGAGGCUUUACGGCAAGAGGCUUUGAAGUUUGUUGAAGAAGGUGCCAAAUCUAUACAUGUUUACAAUGUGGCAAUGAGUGCACUGCAUGAGGCUACGAGACAAGUUGCAGCUGCAAAGAGCAAAAAUUCUGAAAAUGCACAGGCAACUAGCGAAGCAAAUGGAGGAAAUCUGGAGAUGAGUUCAACCGAGAAUCAAUCUUCAUCACAUGUAUCCAAGGAUGAGAAGGAGAAGAAAAUUCGCGAGCUAGCUAAUGAGCUGGAACGAACUAAUCAAAAGUGUGAAGUGUAUCGUGCAAUCCUAUUAGCACUUUUCCGGGACACGGAAGAUCAGAAACUGAAACUCUCUGUAAAAGUCCAAAAUGCAAGACUUUCGCUGAAAGACUAACGGUAAGUUUAGCUCUCCUUUGAUGCCUUGUUCAUUUAGUUUUAUGCAAAAUUUAAGCCUUGGUGUUUGAUCACGAUGAUGAGAAUAGAUAUAAGAUUAUGGUUAGUGGAGUGGGGCAAUUUUAGAUGGCAUUGGAAGAUAUUCUUUGUGUUGUCUAAGUCUUUCUUAUGUAUUGGAAACAAAGUCAGAAACUGUGAGUUGUAUUUGAUAGUCCAAAUGUGAAGUUCCUAGUUUUAGAUGAAAUUGUUACAAAAAAUUAAAAAUGAAUGAAUAAUAGUAGUCCAAAAUAAUGUCAUUCUCUUUCAAUGAUUUCUA